CCAUUUUUCCUUUUAAUUCCAUUCAAAUUUAGAUACUUUUUCCAUAUAUGACUCAAUAUUUCUUUUCAAAAUAAAAUCAAAGUUUGGAUUUAAGAUAAAUCAACAAUCUUUAUAUUGUUUUCUUCUCGAACUUUGCAAAUAUUAUAUAAAAUUUCUUCAUUCAAAUUAAUUCUAUUUUUUUUGUUCUGAUAUCUUUGACUAGAUUGAUAUUGUUAGAUUUUAAUUUAAUAUCAAAUCUUUUUUUCUUCGCUAUUAGUACGAAACAAGCCAAAAUGUGACAAAUGGAAACAACAUGGAAUUACUGUUGCUGGAGGAAAUGGAUACGGAGAUCAAUUAAAUCAACUCUUCAUGCCUCAUGGGAUCUAUAUCGAUGAUAACAAAAGCAUUUUGAUUGCUGAUACUGACAAUCAUCGUAUUGUUGAAUGGAAACAUAAUUCGGACAGUGGUCAAGUCAUUGCAGGCGGAAACGGAAAAGGCAAGAGAGAGGAUCAACUCGCUGCGCCAAUCGACAUAGCUGUUGAUAAAGAGAAAAAUGCGAUAAUCAUAUGUGAUUUUGGGAACAACCGAGUACUGCGAUGGUUUCGCCAAAGUCAAAAAAAUCCAGAGAUUCUUAUUUCUUACAUUUCAUGUCGCAGUAUAACAAUAGACAAAGAUGGGUCUAUUUAUGUUUCUGAUUCGUUACUGUCUCAAGUGAGACGAUGGAAAGAAGGAGACUCAGAUGGAACAGUAGUGGCAGGUGGCAAUGAUAAAGGAAAUGAUCUCAAUCAUUUAUUGAGACCUAAUUGUAUCUUCGUCGAUGAAGAUUAUUCUGUUUAUGUAUCGGAUGAAUAUAGUCAUCGUAUAAUCAAAUGGAGAAAGGGGGCAAAAGAAGGAGUUAUUGUUGCUGGCAGAAAUGGAGAGGGAAAUGGUCUUAACCAAUUAUCUCAUCCUGAAGGAGUAAUUGUUGAUAAUUUGGGUCAAAUCAUUAUUGCAGACGCUUGGAAUCAUCGAGUUAUGCGAUGGUAUGAAGGAAAUACAAACGGUUCAAUUGUUGUUGGUGGAAAUGGUCAAGGACAUGAACCAAAUCAAUUAAAUAAUCCCAAAGGUCUAUCAUUUGAUGUUGAAGGAAAUCUUUACGUUGCUGAUACUCACAAUCAACGAAUUCAAAAAUAUGAACGAUGUACUAAAUAA